AUGGAAGAUGAUCAUGAUAAUGUACUGGAGAUGAACGACAGUAAUGUCUGUGAUGCUAGCGAUUGCGGUGAUGGAAGUAGUGGACCUCCGGUCAUGAGCACUUCUCGGUGGAACCCUACGAAGGAGCAGAUAAAUUUACUUGAGAGUUUGUAUAAGCAGGGAAUAAGAACUCCCAGUGCUGACCAAAUACAGCAGAUAACCACGAGGUUAAGGGCUUUUGGUCACAUUGAGGGCAAAAAUGUCUUUUACUGGUUUCAAAAUCACAAGGCCAGGCAAAGGCAGAAGCAGAAGCAAGAGACCAUGGCCUAUAUUAACCGAUACAUCCAUAGGAGCCCUCGCCCAAUUUUCCCUUCCAAUUCUCAUCCUAAUAGCCCAAAUGUGGUAUGCGGUCCAUAUUACAUUCCAGCAGUACCGCCGGCGCAUGAUCCUUCUGGGAUUAUCCACCAACCAUACAAUAAGGUUCCAUUAUCUAGCAGCACAAGACUGAGUUCACCAAGUUCAGAAAAAAUGGAUAAAAUUGCUAGAACUAUCUCCCGUAGAAGUGCUGCUUCUGAAUACGAAUCUGUAGUGUCUUCCCUUCCUAACGGCGGAAUGAACUCCUCCUAUAUCGGCUGCGGCGCCACUCACUACUAUGCGGGCGCCUGGGGCACUGCGAUCGGCUCCGGCGAUAUGCCGACUCAAAAAAGUAACCAAGAGACGCUUGCACUGUUUCCAGUGUGCCCAACAGGUAUUUUACAAGAGAAAGAAGAUAACUUGCGUCUUUGUUCCUCUGAAAUUGAACAAGCAGAUUGCUCUUCCGGUCAUGAUCAGCCUUUUUUCAACUUUUUCUCUUUAUAG